AUGCUGCUGCUGUGGACACUCCCUCUGCUGCUGGGGGCCGUGGCAGGACGGGAAGUCUGCUACGAGAGACUCGGCUGCUUCGGGAAUGAAUCCCCGUGGGGAGGAACCUUAGAAAGACCCUUCAGCACGUUGCCCUCGACCCCCAAAAUUGUCAACACCCGCUUCCUCCUCUACACUAAUGAGAACCCAAACAACUUCCAAGUAAGAAUUAUCAUUGAAAUCUCGGCAGACGCAUCAACCAUCAGAAGCUCCAAUUUCAGAACAGAUAGAAAAACUCGUUUCAUUAUCCACGGAUUCACGGACAAAGGAGAAGAAAACUGGCUGUCUAACUUGUGCCAGAACCUGUUUCAGGUGGAAAGUGUGAACUGCAUCUGUGUGGACUGGAAGGGGGGCUCCCGCACUACAUACCCGCAGGCCACCCAGAACAUCCGGAUUGUGGGAGCAGAAGUGGCGUAUUUAGUUGGCACUCUUCAGUCUUCGCUGGAGUACUCACCUUCCAACGUCCACGUCAUCGGCCACAGCCUGGGUGCCCAUGCUGCCGGGGAGGCGGGGCGGAGGACCAACGGGGCCAUUGGACGAAUCACAGGGUUGGAUCCAGCUGAACCUUACUUUCAGGGUACACCUGAAGUAGUCCGGUUGGAUCCCAGCGACGCUCAGUUUGUGGAUGUAAUUCACACGGAUGCUGCCCCCAUGGUCCCCAACUUGGGGUUUGGAAUGAGUCAAACUGUCGGUCACCUAGAUUUCUUUCCAAAUGGAGGAAAAGAAAUGCCCGGAUGUCAGAAGAAUGUUCUCUCUCAGGUUGUUGACAUAAAUGGGAUCUGGGAAGGAACCCGAGACUUUGUGGCCUGCAAUCACUUAAGAAGCUACAAGUAUUAUGCUGAUAGCAUUGUCAAUCCUAAUGGCUUUGCUGGUUUCUCUUGUGCCUCCUACACCGCCUUCACCCAAAACAAGUGCUUCCCCUGUUCCAAUGGAGACUGCCCACAGAUGGGACAUUAUGCUGAUAAGUUUUCUAGGAAAACAAGUGGAGUGGGCCAGACAUUUUAUCUCAACACUGGGGAGUCCAGUAAUUUUGCUCGUUGGAGGUAUCAGGUGGCUGUCACACUCUCUGGAAGGACGGUUACAGGACAUGUGCUGGUGUCUUUGUAUGGAAGUAAAGGGAACUCUAAACAGUACAAAAUUUUCACGGGCUUUCUCAAACCAGGUGAUACUCAUGUAAAUGAGUUUGACUCUGAUGUGGAUGUCGGGGAUGUACAGAAGGUUAAGUUUGUUUGGUAUAACAAUGUGAUCAACCCAACCCUACCCAAGGUGGGAGCAUCCCAGAUCACAGUGGAACAAAAUGAUGGAAGAGUGUUCAAGUUCUGCAGCACAGACACCGUGAGGGAGGACAACCUGCUCACCCUCUCCCCGUGUUAG